AGAUUGACCUAAAUCUUUCCGCGGGAAAACUGUGUUGUACAGGGAGAAAGGCGUGACAGUUGUGCUGUUCGCUGGGAGUCUAAUCAUGCCUGGCCGAUUAAUGAAUGACAGUCCAGCCCUGUCUACAGUUAUCAGAGAACGGCUGGCAGAAAUAGAACAGGAUUACAGUGACGGAGACAUUACAGAGAAGGGCUACUGGAAGAAAAGGUGUGCUGUGCUGGAACCUGUGCUGCCCAGACAGGCCAGAGAUGAGCUGGAGGCAGCUCAGUCAGACAUGCAUAAUCAGGUUUUAACCGAGAACGGCUACUUCAAGAAACUGGCCAAACUAUUUGAGACCGUCCUUGGUUCCACUGAAAAUGGCUCAGGGGAAGUAAAGAAAUGCAGCACCAGUGACUCUGCUGAAAAAGAUGAGUCUAAGAUGGAUGUGGAUUCUGAUAUGGAGGCAGUGGCUGCAUUAAGCAGUUCUAAAGGAAGUCAAAAAGAAAAUAGUAUUUGUGUAGAAGAAAAUGGAAGUAGUUCCAGAGAAAAGCAUAGCAAAUACUUCCCAGAAUGGUAACCAUACAAGCGAUGGAGUCACUGCAUCCAACAAAAAAAGUCCAUGCAUGAAACAAAUGAACAAAGAUCCCAGGGAUUCUGGUGGAGAGGGUGUAAGUGAGGAGCCUGCCUGUGCAUCAGCAAGCGGAAUGUUUAGCAAAAAGAAGGAUGAAUUGGUACUAGAAGAAUUGUCAGACGAUAGGAGGAAAGGAGGCUCUGAAGGGAAUAAGAACUCUUCGGCAAAGAAAGCGAAGAAAGGUGUUAAAGUUGCCAGUCAGUCAAAAGAGGAAUACUCUGCAGCAGAUCAGCCAGGUGUGACAGGUCGAAGAAAAAGUCGUUCAAGUGCUGGCUCUUCCAAUAGACAGCAGCCCACUCUUCUGGCUAUGUUUGGCCAGAGUUCAUUCAAGAAGAAAGAUCCACUUGCAAAAACAGCAGGAAUAAAUGAUGAAUACAGAGAGGAGACAAAAUUUGAUUCCAAGAUGGAAGAGGGGAUAAAUGUGAUUGAUGAAGAUGUCCCAGACAGCAAGCGGAUUCGACUGGAUAAUAAAAAACAAGCAGAGGAGUUGAGGUGCGUGCAAAGGUCUGAUGAGCAAGUAGAGCUUGAGAAUGAUGUCCCGACAAGCCCUAAGAUGUCUCGACGAUGCACAGAAUGCAGGCAGUUCUUGGAGGACCCAGAACUCAAGGUCUUUCCUGGUGAUCCACAUGAUGCUGUAGAAGAAUUUAUUGCACUUACUGAUCCCAAGCUUUCACUCUUCACUGGAGAGGAAGAAAUGGUUGAGAGCUAUGAAGAUCGUCCUCAGCAAAAACUUACUCAGUUUUGUGUCUAUGACAAGAACAGACAUCUGACAGCCUUCGACACAGGCUUGCUAGAGAAAAACAAGGAACUGUUUGUCAGUGGUUACAUCAAGCCUGUCUAUGAAGAGGAUCCCAGUGCUGAAGGAGGGAUCCCAUGUAAACAGAUGGGUCCUAUCAAUGAGUGGUGGUCAGCAGGUUUUGAUGGAGGAGAAAAAGCUCUCAUUGGCAUAAGCACAGCAUAUGGAGAUUAUUUUCUUAUGACUCCAACUGAAGCGUAUUCCAGCUUUAUGGAAGCAGUCAGGGUCAAAUGUCACAUGUCAAAAGUCAUCAUCGAGUUCCUUCAGGAUAAUCAGGAUGCCACAUAUGAAGAUCUGCUAAACAAACUACAGACAACAGUUCCUCCUCAAGGCAUCUCUAACUUCACUGAGGAUUCUUUGCUACGGCAUGCACAAUACAUUGUGGACACGGUUCAGAGUUACGAUGAUGUGAGUGAUGAUGAUGAACCCUUGCUGAUUGCCACGCCUUGCAUGAGGGCUCUUAUCAAGCUUGCAGGUGUCACACUUGACAAGAGGCGUGCUAUACAUAGAGAAAUGAGGGACAAGAAGAUUAAGAAAGAGAAAUCAACUCAUUCUAUGGCCACAGUAACUCCUCUUGUUAUGAACAUCUUUAACUCCAUGUUCCAAGACCAAAUAGAUGGAGAUAAGAACAACAAAGAGCGCAAAAGACGUUGUGGAAUUUGCGAGAUGUGCCAGCAGCCUGACUGUGGAAAAUGCCCAGAAUGUAAGAACAUGGUGAAGUUCGGUGGGUCUGGACGUGCCAAACAAAGCUGCAGAAAUAGGCGCUGUCCAAAUAUGGCAGUGAAGCAUGCAGAGGAUGAGGAUGAAGAUUAUAAAGUAGAUGAGAUGGAGGAAGAAAACCCCACUGCUAGUCGCAGACAUCACCUUGCUGCAAGCAAUUCCAAAACUGUAACUUCAUGGGUAGGGUCUCCUAUAGAGGUUGGCAAGCGAUCAUUCUACUCAGCAGUUACCAUUAACUGCGAAACUAUCAGCUGUGGUGACUGCGUCUCAGUUAGGCCUGAUGACCCUUCAGUUCCUCUUUACAUUGCUCAAGUCCAGUACAUGUUCGAGGACAGUAGUGGCAGGAAAAUACUCCAUGUUCAGUGGUUCAUGUGAGGUACUGAAACAAUUCUUGGAGAAACUUCAGAUCCUCUAGAAUUGUUUUCCACGGACGAAUGCGAUGAUUCAAGUGCUGAGACUGUUGUUUCUAAAGUACAGGUCAUUUACAAAAAGCCAUCUGCUGAGUGGCAUGUACAAGGAGGUAUUGCUGACCCUGACAGUGACAGAGUGGUCACAGAAGAUGAUGGGCGUACAUUUUUCUACCAGAAAUGGUACGAUCCAGACAUGGCUCGGUUUGAAGAUCAUCCAACUGUAGAAGAUAAAAGCAUUUUGACUCUGCUCAGUCCCAAGUUUUGUCUUAGCUGCCAUCGCCUAGAAUGCCAGAGGAGGGCUCUUGAGACAAGUGUUGGAGUGCAGAUAGAAGUGAACAGCCCAGCAAAGUACUGUCAGUAUUUUCAAAGUGUGCGCAAAGGAGGCAUGCAGUACAAUGUUGGUGACUGCUGCUACAUUCACCCAGAUGCUUUUUCCUUUGCCAUCAAACCAGCCAAACCUACCAAGAUAAAAAGCGAAAGAAAGAUUGAUGAAGACACGUAUCCAGAGUUGUAUAGAAAGACAGAGUAUGUUAAGGGUUCCAAUGACACCUGUCCAGAACCAUUUCGCAUUGCAUGCAUAGAAGAGAUCUUCUACAAGACUACUCUCAACAGCAAGAUGGUGAACGUUUCUGAGGUCAAACUCAAAGUUAGGAAAUUCUACAGGCCUGAAAACACCCACAAGGGAAUCAAAGCUGCUUAUCAUUGUGAUCUGAACAAGUUGUACUGGAGUGAGGAGAAGGCUGUUGUGGACUUAAGCUCUGUGGAGGGCAAAUGUACAGUGGUGCAUAGUGAUAAUAUUUCCCAGUAUAACUGUACCAAUGUUGAUAGCUAUUUUUUGGGUGGACCAGACAGAUUCUGCUUUUCAGAGGCAUAUGAUGCUGACAAGAGAGAAUUUGAAGAUCCGCCAUCAGCAGCACAAUCGAUGGGAUCGAAAGGAAAGGGCAAAGGGAAAGGAAAGGGGAAAGGUAAAGCAAGCAGCAUGCUGGAGAAAGGGAAUUCAACCAUAGAGAAAAUUCCUAUUCGGAAGCUGCGCACUUUGGAUGUGUUUGCAGGAUGUGGUGGAUUAUCUGAGGGUUUUCACCAAGCAGAAAUAGCAGAAACAUGCUGGGCCAUCGAGAAGGAGGAACCAGCAGCCCAAGCUUUUCGACUUAAUAAUCCUGGUUGUGUUGUCUUCUCUGAGGAUUGUAACGUCUUGCUUCGGCAGGCCAUGAAUGGAGAGUUGUUUGAUAGCCUCGGUCAGAAACUUCCCCAGAAGGGUGAUGUGGAAUUUCUGUGUGGUGGACCCCCAUGCCAGGGUUUCUCUGGCAUGAAUCGAUUCAACUCUCGCGAGUAUUCUAAGUUUAAGAAUUCACUGAUCGCUACCUACCUCAGUUACUGUGAUUUCUACCGCCCUCGCUUCUUCUUGCUGGAGAACGUGCGAAACUUUGUGUCCUUCAAGCGGAGCAUGGUGUUGAAGCUGACACUGCGGUGCUUGAUUCGCAUGGGCUAUCAGUGUACUUUUGGGGUUCUCCAGGCUGGAAGUUAUGGUGUUGCACAGACACGAAGGCGGGCGAUAAUCAUAGCUGCAGCCCCUGGGGAGUGUUUACCUGUGUACCCAGAACCUCUCCACACCUUUGCACCUCGUGCAAUGCAGACCUCUGUGGUUGUGGACAACAAGAAAUUCAACUGCAUCCAACGCAUGGGAUCAGCACCAUACCGCACUAUUACAGUGUGGGACACGAUGAGUGAUCUGCCAGAGGUGAAAAAUGGAGCUCGGGUCCAGGAGAUGCCAUAUGGGAGUGAUGCCCAGACUCAUUUCCAGAGACUGGUGCGAGGCAACCAGCUGCAGCCACUGUUGCGUGACCAUGUUUGUAAGGAAAUGAGCCCCUUGGUGGCAGCCCGCAUGAGUUACAUACCCCUGGCCCCAGGCUCUGAUUGGCGAGAUUUACCCAACAUCAUUGUUCGGCUUUCGGAUGGCACCAAGACUCAAAAAUUAGCCUAUAAUUACCACGACAAGUGCAAUGGCCCCGGCAGCAAAGGUCAAAUGCGUGGCGUGUGCAGCUGCGCUUGUGGCAGGCCAUGUGACCCAACAGAUCGACAGUUCAACACGCUCAUUCCUUGGUGCCUGCCUCAUACCAGCAACCGCCACAACAACUGGGCAGGGUUGUAUGGCCGUUUAGAAUGGGAUGGCUUCUUUUCAACUACUGUCACCAACCCUGAACCAAUGGGCAAACAGGGGAGAGUUCUUCACCCAGAGCAGCAUCGAGUGGUCAGUGUUAGAGAGUGUGCUCGCUCUCAGGGCUUCCCCGACACAUAUCGAUUUUUUGGCAACAUCCUGGACAAGCACAGACAGAUUGGCAAUGCUGUGCCUCCUCCAAUGGCCAAGUUCAUUGGGCUAGAGAUCCAAAAAUGCCUUGAGCAGAAAACACAAAGAGAGAAGGCACAACUGGAAUUGGCAAAAACCCCGUUAAAGACAAAACCUAUUAAACUGGAUGAAGAGGAUUGAAGGAAAGAUCUUGGAUAGGACUCUGGAGUCUCCAGUGAAAACUGAAGGUUCUUCCAAUUUUUGCUCUCUUGCACUUUGAUUUAAACGCAGGCCAUCUUUGUGCACGGACCUGCGCUUAACACACAUAUCCUGUGGGUGCUUUCAUGCAAGGGGAAAUAGUAAGAUCACAUCAGUAAUUGACUUUGGUGGUGCUAGACUGCCAGUCCUGUUUAUUUUUUAAAAAACAAAAAAAAAAAACCACCAAACUGAAAAUCACAGUGUGGACAUAGGUUUUGUGAAAGUGCUUGGCUCAACUGCUGGACAAAAACUCAAGGGAGAGAAGCAGGCCAGACCAAGCAUGGGUGAAUGCUAAACUGAUAGAACCUUUUUUGUGCCAAAAUUAUCUUUGCCUAUUAUUGGUUCAUUCAGACUUGUGACAUUUUAGAGCUCUUUACGUCAUUCAGUAGGUUAACACAUCAACAUGCCAGUGCUCAUGGUCAUACAUACAUGCCAUUCUGUUUUCCUACGUUUCCUUGUGAAUUGUAAGUAGCUAAGUGUCUCUCGAGGCCCAUUUUGAAUCAAUAGCUGGCACAUGAUGAUAUACGAAUGAUUUGUUUUAUACUUAGUAAUUUUCAUUAUAAAUGCUCAGGGUCAUGUGGAGCCUAUGGUACUGCACUGCUUAAAGUGCUAAAAGUCCCUCAUUGCCAUUAAAUUGCAGCUUUUAGAUGAUUAUAGAUGUGCAGGAUUUAGAGCAAACUUAGGCUUUUAAUAAACCAAACUGUUUUAUACACAGCACCAUGGAAGGGCAUGCCUAAAACCAAGGAACUUAUGAAGCUCCACAGAUUAAAGGGAAAUAUGUUGUCAUGCCUUAGUUUAGUUGGGAAUAUAUAACUGCAUGGAUUAAUUUGUACACAUUGUAAAUUCAGAGCAGUACACUUAUUACAUUUUAAACCACUUGUUUUUUGAAAUGGUAAACUGUUUGCCAUCUUUUUGGCAUGUUAAGAGUUCUGGGCAUAUUACAUCUGUCAUUGGUUUUAUUUUAAUCUGAAUGUCAUUGAUCAAAUUAGAAACAUAGACACAAUUGUAAUUUUAGCAAACAGAUAUUUUUAUGUGCAUACAGUCCUUGUUCAAAGAAGGGUCUUUGCUAGGUUGGUAUUUAAACACGCAAUGAAUGUUGAUGUAAUAAAUGGGAGGAAAAUCAUCUUUUAUUGCAACAAGUUUUAUAGAAAUGAGAAUAGGAAGAGAAGCGAAGUUGUGCUGGAGUUAGUACAGUCAUGCUUUUGACAUUGGGAUUUCGCUCCCAACACUUGUGCACUUGGCUUAUGUGUCAGGCCAAAUGGUGGAAUAGUGUGACAUCUGUUUACACACUUCUGUAUGGGUGGUUGUCCCAGUUGUACAUUUGCAGCGUUAAAUGACGGUUGCGUACAGAAUGGAUAAAACUUCAUAAAAACAGUUGCAGUUAAAUGUGUAUUGUGUAUUGUUGGAGACUCACUAAGUACCACUCAUGUACCACCAGUCUAUGAUCCUUUCAGUAGUCAGAGGCCUAACAUUAAACAACAGAGGAAGUUUGGGAACAUGAGCAAGAUUAAAUACUGCACACAAUUUUAAGUUAAACUAAAUUUAUCUCAUCCUUCUGGAAAUCUUCCCCAAGAAUUUAAGCUCCCUAACGUUAAGUUCCUGUUCAGUAAAUGAAAUGUUUGUAGACCAUUUUGCUCCGUGAUAAAAACCACCAGACUGUAACGCUAAUUUCAAACUGACCAGUGUUGCUGAUGACUGAACAGCAAUCAUCAAGAUAUAUUAUAUGUUUUAACCAGUUGGAAUUUGAAGAUAUUUUUUUUUUUUUUCUGGAAUGUAUGUGUGUUGUGUGUGGAAGAGUGUUAAGAAAGGCUGUUAACAGAAUUGAUGAAAGCAAUUCCUCUUGUGUUUAUCAUCACAAUGAAUUUUAAAUAUUUGUAUGAAAAUUGACCUUUGUAAAUAUGACAUUUUAGGCAAGACUGUUAUGCUGACAGCAUUUUCAAGUGUUGUCCAAUUAUUUUUUAAUGUUUCCUCUGCAUACAUGUAAUAUAACAUUUUUACCUCAAUAAAAGAUGAAAAUAUGA